AUGGAUACCAUUGAAGCGAAGACUGUCCUCAUAUCCUCAGAAAAAAUAUCUCCAUUGACCUAUCCUGAUUGUGAUGAUGAUAGAGAGCAAGAUAUUGACGACCUCAUCGACGAACUUGAGUCUCAGGAUGGACUCCAUGAUAAUCCUAGUCGAAAGAGUAUGGACUCUGGAAGCCGGAUUCCUGGUAUGGAGGCGCAGUUUGACACCGACAUAACGACUGGUCUCACUUCUGUCGAAGCGGCACAGCGCCGCAAAAAGUACGGACCCAACCAGUUGAAAGAGGAGAAGGAGAAUAUGUUAAAGAAGUUCUUGUCCUUCUUUGUUGGCCCGGUUCAAUUCGUGAUGGAGGGUGCUGCAAUCCUAGCUAUUGGGCUUCGAGACUGGGUGGACUUUGGCGUGAUAUGUGCUCUCCUUCUUCUUAACGCCACUGUUGGCUUCAUCCAGGAAUACCAAGCAGGAUCAAUAGUGGAGGAACUCAAAAAGUCGUUAGCUCUCAAAGCUAUUGUGGUCCGCGACGGUCGAGUAACUGACAUUGACGCCACUGAAGUUGUACCGGGUGAUGUUCUGAAGAUCGAUGAGGGCACGAUCGUUCCCGCCGACGGCCGUGUUAAGACGAACCAUUUACUGCAAAUUGACCAAUCCUCAGUUACCGGCGAGUCUCUAGCCGUUAACAAAUGCAAGGGCGAAGUUUGCUACGCUUCAUCUGUGGUGAAGCGUGGCCAUGCGUAUCUCGUUGUUACGGCUACCGGUGAUUACACAUUUAUGGGAAAGACAGCCGCCCUGGUCAAGUCUGCGUCGUCGAAUUCUGGCCAUUUUACAGAGGUACUCAACCGCAUUGGUGCUACUCUUCUUGUGUUGGUUGUACUCACCUUGAUCGUCGUCUGGGUGUCGUCUUUCUACCGUUCAAACGAGACCGUUACGAUUCUCGAAUUCACACUGGCCAUCACUAUGAUUGGAGUACCUGUUGGCCUGCCCGCCGUCGUUACCACAACAAUGGCUGUAGGCGCUGCCUAUCUUGCCAAACGACAGGCAAUCGUACAAAGACUCUCCGCCAUAGAAUCGUUGGCUGGGGUAGAGGUUCUCUGCUCUGACAAAACCGGAACCCUAACCAAGAACAAACUAACCCUCUCAGAUCCCUACACAGUCGCUGGCGUGGAUCCUAAUGACCUCAUGUUGACCGCUUGUUUAGCAGCUUCAAGGAAGCUGAAGGGCAUGGAUGCUAUUGAUAAGGCAUUCAUUAAAGCACUUCCAAACUAUCCGCGCGCUAAAGAGGCUCUCUCUCAUUACAAGAUUCAGCAAUUUCACCCAUUUGACCCGGUCUCCAAAAAGGUCACCGCCGUGGUGUUAUCUCCAGAAGGCCAGGAGAUCAUCUGCGUUAAGGGGGCGCCUUUGUGGGUUCUCAAGACGGUUUCGGAGGAGCAGCAGAUCCCAGAGAGUGUCGAGAAAGGAUAUUCUGACAAGAUGGACGAGUUCGCCCAGCGUGGCUUUCGGUCCCUUGGUGUUGCUCGGAAACCUGCGGGUGGGGAAUGGGAGAUUCUUGGGAUAGUGCCAUGCUCUGACCCUCCACGCGAUGACACUGCGGCGACCAUUAAUGAAGCGAAGACGCUCGGACUAUCGAUAAAGAUGCUCACUGGGGACGCUGUACCCAUUGCGCGCGAGACUUCACGUGAGUUAGGGUUGGGAACCAACGUCUAUAAUUCGGAUAAACUCGGUCUUGGAGGCGGCGGUGACCUGACUGGGUCUGAACUUUACAAUUAUGUUGAAGCCGCAGAUGGAUUUGCGGAGGUUUGGCCCCAGCAUAAGUAUAAUGUCGUGGAUAUCCUGCAGCAACGAGGAUACUUGGUGGCAAUGACAGGGGAUGGUGUUAAUGAUGCACCAUCGCUCAAGAAGGCUGAUACUGGAAUUGCCGUCGAAGGCGCAUCAGACGCUGCUCGGUCUGCUGCUGAUAUCGUUUUCCUCGCGCCUGGCCUAUCAGCGAUUAUCGACGCUCUGAAGACUUCCCGUCAAAUAUUCCACCGCAUGCAUGCAUAUGUGAUCUAUCGCAUCGCGUUAUCUCUGCAUCUCGAGAUAUUCCUUGGGCUCUGGAUUGCGAUAAUGAACGAAAGCCUGAACCUGCAGCUUGUGGUCUUCAUUGCAAUUUUCGCAGACAUUGCAACUCUGGCAAUAGCUUACGACAAUGCACCGUACUCGAAGACGCCGGUGAAGUGGAAUCUCCCAAAGUUAUGGGGCCUGUCCGUCAUACUGGGUAUUGUUCUAGCCGUGGGGACAUGGAUUGCACUGACCACUAUGAUGAACGCGGGCGAACAUGCCGGGAUCGUACAAAAUUACGGGAAACGCGACGAAGUUCUCUUCCUUGAGAUAUCUCUCACGGAGAAUUGGUUAAUAUUUAUCACUAGAGCCAAUGGCCCGUUUUGGUCUUCUCUGCCGUCAUGGCAGUUGGCGGCGGCCAUUUUUGUUGUUGAUCUCGUUGCAAGUUUCUUUUGCUACUUCGGCUGGUUCGUUGGUGGACAGACUUCGAUUGUCGCCAUUGUUCGUAUCUGGGUAUUUUCUCUCGGCGUAUUCUGCGUUAUGGGAGGUGUCUACUUCCUGCUGCAGCGUUCCCAGACUUUUGACGACAUUAUGCACUUCAACUUUCUCCAGAAAAGGGACUCUGUAUCUCAGCGUGUUCUUGAUGAUCUUGUCGUGGCUUUGCAACGACGAUCAGAACAGCAUGAGCAGAGUUCGAGAACAGCCGAGAGGGAGGACAUAGGAUUAUGGAAGAUGGACAAACUCCGUAAAGAACGCGCACAGUGUUGAUGAUAGAUGAGUACUAUGUAUGGCGUAUUCUAUUGUUAUGCAUCUCGUACAUCGAGACCUCGAAACUUGAUGAUAGGAACACUGGCAUCUGUAAGUCAGGGUACUAAAAUAUAGAAUAUCCGCACUA